AUGGCUCAAAUGGCCCCCUCCUCAACCACUACCACCCCCCCUCCACCAGCCGGCCGUCUAAUCCAAACUUACGCCUCCCACGGCUACGAAGUCUUGUCAUUGUCCGUCUCCGCCUCCAACGCGACCUUCGCCUCUUCAGGCGGCGACCGCGCCGUUUUCCUCUGGGACGUAUCCACCGCGCAAACCAUCCGCCGCUUUUCCAACGCCGGCCACACAACAGGGCGGAUCAACAGCGUCAUCUUCGCAGGCGUCGACGAUUCCCUUUUGAUUUCGGGAGGCCACGACACCACCGUUCGAAUCUGGGACGUGCGCUCGCAGAGUUCCGCCAGGCCGGUGCAAGUGCUGGGGGAAGCGAAGGAUGGGGUCACAAGUCUGGUCUUUGAUAGUCAAGGGACGGGCGCGGAGGUAUUGGCCGGCAGCGUGGAUGGAAGGGUGAGAACGUAUGAUGUGCGGAUGGGAAGGCUGGUGACGGAUGUCUUUCCGGGGGCGGUGACGAGUCUGUGUUUGGCGAGGGACGGGAAGACGGUGCUGGUGGGGAGCUUGGAUAGUAAGAUCCGGUUGAUGGAUAGGAGCAAUGGGCAGUGUUUGAGGACGUACGGUAGCAGCGGUGGGGACUCCAGCGCUGGUGGAGGUUGGACGAAUAAGGAGAUCAGGGUGCAGAGCGUGUUGGGAGGAGGGGAGAGGUGGGUUGUUGCGGGUGAUGAGAACGGAGCGGAGAACUCGAAUGGAGAGGGACGGGCGUGGGCUUGGGAUCUUCUGACUGGCAAGCUUGUGGCUAAGCUUGGGGUUCCGUGGGGCCCGGGUGGUGGGAAGGUUGUUGUUGGGAGGGAUGGGAAGGAAAAGGAGCGGAAGAAUGUGGUCAGUUGUCUUGCGUGGAAGGAUGGUGGGUUUGGGAACCAGUUUUGCGUUGGCGGUACAUCGGGGUUUGUGACGGUGUAUGGAGAAGCGUGA